GAACUUCAUAUCAUAUAAUAUAUCAAUAUCAUAUAUAUACUCUAUAUCAACAUGGCCGACGCAAACCAGCCUCACCUAAACGGCGCCUAUUACGGUCCCUCCAUUCCACCGCCGCAGAAAUCGUACCACCACGGUCGCAGUCGCGGUAGCAUUGGCGGCGGCGGUUGCGGUUCAUGUCUGCUCAAACUACUCAUUGCUCUUCUCAUCAUCCUCGGACUCACCGUCUUAAUCUUCUGGCUAGUAGUCCGACCACAGAAAGUAAAAUUCCACGUCACCAGCGCAUCACUCACGCGCUUUGAACACGCCACGUCAGACAACAUCCUCCGUUACAACCUUGCCCUAAACGUCACGGUCCGAAACCCUAACAAAAGGCUCGGAGUCUACUACGACAGAAUUGAAGCGCGUGCGUAUUACGAAGACAAGCGGUUUAGUACCGUAACCCUAAUACCGUUUUACCAAGGACACAAGAACACGACAAUACUCAGACCCUUGUUCGGAGGGCAACAGCUUGUUAUGUUCAAUAGCAAAGAGUUGAGGGAAUUUAACGCGGAAAAUAUCUCCGGAAUUUAUAGUAUCGAAGUCGAUUUCCGGCUUCGGAUUCGGUUUAAGCUCGGGAAAGCGAAGACGAGGAGGUUUAAGCCUAAGGUUAAAUGCGAUUUGAAGGUUCCUUUGAGUUCUUCUAAUGGAACUAUGAACUCUUCUCCUGGCGUGUUCCCUGCCACCAAGUGCGAUUUCGAUUUUUGAUAUGAGUUCAUAUAUGCAUGCUGCUAUUUUUAUUUCAUGAUAUCUUCUACGUUUAUUAUGUAUUGGUUCGUUUAUUUCCUAAAUUGGUAUUUGUUAUGUAUAAUUAAUAAUAACGUGUUAUUUGUUGCUACCGUACAUGGGUUUGUGUUUCCUUGAGUUGUUAUUAUAAAUAAAUAAAUAAUAAAG